UUCCUUACCUGGUACCAGGUUAUAAAAUACCCCUACUGGCAUAUACUCUUGUCUAAGGUGUGAACCGAUCCGCGUGACUCCGCCAGCAACAUGAUGAUCCUACCUCUCUUGGUGAUAUUCCUAGCAGCAGCCGUGCCUGGGUUUGAUGGAGCUACCUUACGAAUUGGUGUCUUUGUAUCGCCGGAUACGAUAAGAGAUUGGGCGAGAAUAAAACAUGGAACGUUCGCCACGCUCAAGUCAGCUAUGGAGGGAGGACUCCAAUCUGAGGUCAGCGACGUGUUUUCGACCAGUCAAGGCUUCCCAUGGAACGUGAAUGUGAGGUUCAGCAGCAUCGAGCAGAUUUCUCAGAGCAAAGUUGAUGAGUGGAUUAAUAAUGCCGAAGCCAAACCUGAAUUCAGGCGAUCCGCACCCUUCGCAAGAGACUUCUGUACCUAUGUGAACCGUGUGAAGGGUACCAGAUAUGACGUUGGCAUACUCGUUCUUAGGCAAGUAAACCUGGUUUCAUACUCGAGCAGUACAGGGCCGUUGUAA